AUGUAUGACGAAGCUCAUCCAAAAAUUUCUUCUUAUGAUCCAAAAUCAUCAGCACUCAUUGUAAUUGACAUGCAGGAAGAAUUUCGAGGUUGCGCAAAGGGAAUUUUCUCAAAACUUGAAGAACUUAUUAAAUUUUGUCAUAAUCAAUCAAUUCCUGUGUUCUGGACUCAACAUGGUCAUGAAGUAGACGAAAAUGGAAACAUCAUUGACCUUGAAAAUCCUUUAGUUAAUUGGUGGGGUGUUGAAAAGUUGAUCAAGUGUGGUACUGAAAAAUGGGAGAUUUUAAAAGAGUUUAUUCCUUUAGUUCAGGAACAUAAAAUUAUUCCUAAAACAAAAUAUAACGCAUUUUCUGAAACUAAUCUGCAUGCUUUGCUUUGCGAACUUGGAAUUAAAACAAUUAUUAUCUCUGGCGUAACGACAGAUCUUUGUUGCACAUCAACUGCUCUAGGUGGAAUUGAUAAAAAUUACAAGGUCAUAUUUUUGAGUGAUGGAUGUGCAACUGCGAACACUGAAUUGCAUCAGGCAACAAUAACAAGUCUAGUUCGUGUGUUUGUAAUAGCAACAAUCAAGGAACGAUGGUGCCAGCUAGCCAAGGCACAAUCGAAAUUGAGGAGCUACUUAGAGAUUAUUCCAUUCCAUCCUCCACAUUCUCCAAGACGACACGCAAAAGGAGGACAUUAUGAAAUUACAAGAGAAGAAAGUACCGGCAGAGUCAACUACGCAAUCAAGGUAUAA